AUGACUGAUCCGCAUUCGGGGACAAUCGACCUGGACCAAUCCUUUCUCGAGACAUUGAUGUUCGAAGGGCGUGAAUUCCAGAAAUAUGCAGUUGACAACGAUAUCUAUUUCGGCCCGAUUGACGAUCAAGAAAUCGACCGUUUAGAUCUACAGCAUAGAGUUUUUAGCAAGGUCUUUGAUCACCGGCUCAUAUUUCCACCCAUCGAUUGUCCCAAAAAGAUCCUUGAAUGCGGGUAUGGCUCCGGGGCUUGGGCUGUGGAAGUUGCAGAACAGUACGAGUCUUGCGAUGUAGUUGGAGUGGACAUUUCGCCCCAUAUGAGGCCAGACGAUGCUCCUGAUAAUCUUUGGUUGCAGGUUGACGACCUCAACCGACAUUUCACCUUUCGUGCCAACGAAUUCGAUCUCGUCCACUCCAGACUGGUUGCUGCUGGGAUAAAUCAACAAAGGUGGCUACGAUACAUGAGAGAUAUUGUCAGGUCCCUUAAACGCGGCGGCUGGGCUCAGAUGGUCGAAAUAUAUUUUAAUAUUCAAUCUGAUAGUGGUGCGCUCACGGAACAGCACGCGCUCAGAGAAUGGAGCCGGAAGUACAUAAAGUCACUGGAGAAUGUUAAAGACCUUCGAAUAGGCAUGAAGCUGAAUAACUUAAUGGCCUCAUCCGGCCUAGUUGAUAUCGAAUCGAAGAUGAUUCCGUUGCCUUUGUCAGGGUGGUCCAAUGAUCCAAGGAUGAGAGAGAUUGGGGCUAUCAAUAGGGAUAACACAAAGCGUUGGCUCGAGUCUCUAGCGCUUUAUCCGUUCAUCCAAAAGCUGCACAUGUCCCGUGAAGAAUUGGAUGCCCUUAUCGCUCGAGCAAGGCAAGAGGUAGACGACUCGUCUUUGAGAGCAUAUGUUCCAUUGUAUAUUUGCAUUGGCCGAAAACCAUGA